AGUAUCUGAAAUAAAAUAUUUAUUGUAAAGCUUAUUGUUAACAUACUAGUAUUUUAGGACAUCACUAGUCGGUGUCGACAUCACUAGUCGAUUCGUCAUUUUCGAUAUGAACGUUUUGUAAGAAAGAGAGAAAAGCAACAAAAUUGUAUGUUUUUUUCUCUUGCUCCAAAUAUGAUAGCGCUAUUAUUGAAUUGAACAUAACUAAAAUGUCAAAGCUGAUUUUGAGGUUAAGUUAUUGUAAAUGUAAAUAAACACCAAAAAGUUUUAUUUUGUUAACUUAAAAUAAAAGAAUAAUGGCUGGACGAGGCAGAGGACGGGGCAGCACACUCUCCUUGACUCAUGAACAACUUCAAGCUCUUGGAAUAGCUCGAGGAGACAAUGCAGCGCCGACUCUUGCACCACCGCCUUUAUUUCCCAAACUUGAAACAAAACCAUUACCCCUGAACUGUGACGCCGCUACAGACUACAUGCUCAUUGUGAAAGAACAAUUCAUAGAAUAUUUACACGAAUCUCCAGCGUAUGUAAAAGCAAAAACUGUGACGGACGGUGUAGAGCGGUAUUCUGAUAAAUAUAAGUUGUUAGCUCUUAAUGCAAAGCAAGAUAAGAUAUUAGAUUGCGUGUGGUCAAACCUGCCCGGCGAGUUAAGACCGCAGGCGUCUCGGGUACGCACUACUACAAGAAAACGAAAACUUGACGACCCUACAGAAAUAGCAAAGCGAUUACAAACACUAGAGAAGAAGGAGUCAGAAGAUCAGACAGGCGAAGCUGUGGAAACGAACGAGGAAGACGAAGCUGUAAAGAAAGAAGAAGGAAAUGAAGAAGAAGAAAUAGAGGAUGAACAGGAACAAGAGUAUGAAAUGGAUGAUGGAACAGAUUAUGCUAAUAAUUACUUUGAUAAUGGUGAAGAUUAUGAUGAAGAAGAUGACAACCUUGAUGAUGGACCUGUUUAUUAAACUAAAAUUCAUGUUGAAUUAUACUAUACACAGUUUUAUGUUAGCAACACAGCAUUCUUGGCUGACAGAAUUAUAAAAUAAAUUACUGACUUAUUUAUAUUGUUUAAUAA